AUGGACAUCUUCACCGCAGGCAAAGCCCUUGAGCGCGAGGCCACGCCGAAGCCCCGGAGCAGCCGCCGGCCGUCACUCGGCAGAGGCAGCCUCGAGCAUCCCCGCUCGUGCGGCUCGCAUCCACGCUGCGGAGGGACGCCCAGAGCGCUACGAAGUUCUGCCCCGGGGGCAGUCCUGGGGGCUCAUCGGCCUCUGCUCCUCUGCGGAGGAGACGCGGCGAGGAGAAGCGCGGCGCAGCCUUCCUCCCUCCCGCGCGGACGUCCCGCCGCCCUCGCCGCGAGCGAGCCCCGGGGGGGACUCGGGGGCUACGGCCGCUCGAUCGGAGGACAGAAAGUUCAGAAGCGGGGGCUCUCCCGGCCCCGGGAGGGUGACCCGUCUGUUCUUUGUCAGCCUCUCGGCGCCGGCGUCAUCCGGACGGCCGGCUCGGGUUUAAAGCGGGGUCGAAGAGGAGGGAGCGAGACGGGGAGGGAGCGAGACGGGGAGCGAUCCGUCGUCGCCGCCGCCGCUUCGAAUCGCGGCCGGAGCACCGGCUCCCCGGCCGCGGCUGGCGAUGCGGGCGCGCGCGGGUUCGUCUCUCCCUCGGCGGACUCAGCCCGAGUCCCUCAGACGCUCAGUCGCUCGCGGCCGCCGACAUCCCGGCUUCCGAACCGCCUCGGCUCCUCCCCGCCAGCCCGGCCAUCCGCUCGCCCGGUCCCGCCGGCUCCCCUCGGGCGGCGCGGCCCCGGCAGCCCGGAGCCCUGCCCGAGCGGCGGCCCGGCUCGCUGUGGCUGCGGGCGCCCGGGCAGGGCGGGAGGCGCCGAGGGACCGCGGGGCCUACGGGCGCACCGCCCGGCGGCGGGCAGGCGGCUCCCGCUAGGCGGCACGGGUCCUGGGCCCCGGCAUCGCUCCUCCACCCCCUUCCGCCGGCGAUCGCUCGCCUUCCUUCGUCAGCGCCGCUUCGGUUUGUCGCGCGCGGCUUUCCUAACGCACGGGCGCGUUCACCGUCGGCAGGAUGAAGGCAGGGCUGCGGCUGCCUGGAAGGAUGCUCGGGAGCGGGGAGGGGAGCUCGGGGGGAAUCGAACCCAAACAAACCAGGGGUGGAAAAAAAAACGCCGCACACCUUACGCGGGGAGGGGAAGGCGGCCGCUAACAGUUGUCAACAGCUCCGGGGCUGCACCAUUUCUCUGCCAUAUGGCCUGAUCUCCACGGAGGAGCCGAGGGUUCUAGCUCAGCGGCUUCACGUGAAACGUAUCCUCGGCAUCAGCAGAUACAGAUCAAAAGCAACAGAAGGCGCGCCGGAGUCCACGAGCUUUAGAAAUCUCAUUUCACCGUUUUUUAACCUAAAUAAGAGUGGAUCCGAUCUUCCGUACACCUGGGAAUCUUUCCUUGUUCAAACACCGAGCCCUGCAGCCUUGGCUAAAGCCUACAGACAGAGAAUACAGAGCGCCGAGCCAAAAGCCAGUGAUGUCACCCAUGCAACGUGAGACUCAUUUCUUAUUUCUCUGGCCUCCUUAAAGAUAAACUGCACCGCUUGGCAGACAGGAAAUGUCGAAGCCUUACUUUCUUAAAAGGGGAGAAUGUAAAACCUGGAUCUAACCGGAUCCCGCUCAUUCGUGGUCACGAGACCUUACGCUGUGUCACCCAAAUCUAAGACAACUGUAGCUGUUUCUGCCUGCACCAAAGAAUCCCACCUCCUCUGUAAGGCAGAGUGUGAGCCCACCCUGGAUUCGAGACCCGGAUUCUGCGUGAUCCAGAAAACCAAAGUCUUCAGACUCGGAAUGGUACUGUACAGAAAGGAAAGAAGCACGAUCAUUUCCCUCGCAUCAGAAGCCCCGGGUGGGUCCUGGCACACCCUGCUCUGUUAGCACCAGCGCCUCCUGGGGCUGCCAGCAGGGUCCCGCUGCACCCAACAUUUGGCUCCCACAGGCUCCACAGCACACAACACAGCAAAUAGCAGUCACUCCUACUGCAGCAAGAAGCCCACCGCCCCGUGUCUCCCCAAGACUGAGCUCUGCAAAAGCCUACAUCCAAAGAAGGCAGCACAUCUCCUUGCACCUCGCUUGCAAACGGGGAUUUCCAGCUACGGAAGGGCACCUCUCCCACUAAACCAUUUUUCUUUAUAAGUGCGCUAUAUUGUCGAAGCCCCUAGCGAGAUUAAGAAGCUCACACGGGGAAAGUCCAAGCCGUAGAUGCAGUGACCGGUGCAUCUGCUAAAACAGCUCAAUUGCAAAAUUUCAGCAUUAUGUUAUGAAUAUUAACUAUGCCUGGAAAGCUCCAGGUAAAGGUGAUAGUUCCGUUGGAACAAGGCACCAGUUUACAUAUGUUUAGCAGUAACUUCCCUCUGUGGUUCUUAAUAAAGGUAAAUUUCUAAGGGUCUAAGUCUGGAAAAAAAGCAACAACAACAAAAAAAAAACCAGCUCAGCUCAGGUGGAUCAGCUUCUAUAACAGGAUUUGUCAAGCAACUCCAUGCCAAUACAUAAAAGCAAUUAAAUUUGAUAAUGAGCUUG